AUGAUGAAGCUUGCGCUCCUCGUGCUGGGCCUGGCCGGCAUGGCCAGCGCUGCCUCGGUCACCUGCUCUGACCCUGUCAGUAACAAUGGCCGCGUGACCGCCAAGUGCGGCUCUACCACCUAUGAUUUGACUUGCGCCUUCCAGACCAAGGACACCGACUACGUCUCUGUGCUGGUACCCAACGGUGACAACGGUCAAUACAUCUUCUACCUCAACGCCAACCAGGGCCUCAAGGCCGGCUCCUCGGAUGUCCAAUACUGUGCCUCGGUUGAUCCUCUGAGCCCCACCGUGAGCGGUGGCUUUCAGGCCGACUACAAGCAGGGCGGCUCUUGCUGGUCCAUUGGUGACAUCACCCAGCAGACCUGGAUUGAGGCAUCCCCCGGACAAAUGCAAAUCCUGAUCAAGGGUGGUACCGGCAAUCGCCAGGCUGCCAUCUACGUUUCCUGCGAUGAGAACGCGGCGGUCCCCAACGUCACCUAUGUGGGCGAGAAUGAUGCUACCAACACCUACCAGUUUGAAAUUUCCCACCGCAGUGCCUGCACCGACUACACCCCCGGCGACUGCAACAGUGCCCCCGCACCCACCAAGAGUCCCAGUGGCAAGAGCGGCCACAAGAAAACCGAUGUUGGCGCCAUCCUUUGCGGCGUCUUCUUCGGCGUCCUUGGUGGCUACUUCAUCUUUGGCUUUGUUAUCCUCCACUUUGUCCAGAAGAACCCUCCCAGCGAGAGCGUUCCCAACAAGGAAUUUUGGGUGUCACUCCCCGGCCUCGUCCGUGAUGGCUUUGCGUUUACUCUUGCUCGUAUUCGUGGCCAGAGUGCAUCCACCUAUCAAAGCAUCUAA